AUGCCGAUGUCGCGGGUGUUCUACCAGUGGAGUGCAGCUGAUGAACGUUGGCAAGAAUGUGUUGGUUGGUUACCAAAGGAACUCCACGAUGAGAUCUUUGCGGUUACGUUCGAUGAUGAGGCUUCCAUGGUGAUGUGGAGUGAAGAAGAGGGCAAGCUGAAAGCCUUGUCCACAUCACAGAAGAAGCUUGCGGAUAAGCAAGCACAACGUUUACUUCAAAACAUGGAGCCAGAGAAGCACGACGAGGUGCAGGAGGCUGUUUCACCGAGUUUGUCAAGCCCUUGUUUUGUGAGUGAUGGCGGGAUGAUGGCCACUUUGGAUCCGUCCUGUCACGAGCAGUUUUGGUGUCAGUUGGGAAGUGCCAGACCGAACCACUUGGUGCUCAGGCCGAGCCGCGAAAGACAGUCGUUAUGCCUGGCCUGUGAAGCUGCAGAAUGGCAACACCUGAAUGGCAAAGCCUUCCUUCUUGUGCACUCUGAACAAGAUCGGGAAUAUGUGGAAGAGAUGUUAGACUCCGAUGACCUGCGUGGACGGCGAGUUCAGUGCAGGUUACCUGAUGGAUUGGCGAUGACGGGCAACUCGGAGUACUUCCUCAAGAGUGCGAUGGAGGCUAAGAUGCGCAAGGUGAGCUUCACCGCCCAGGACAUUGAUGGCCUGAGUCAGAAUCAGAAGGCACACCAGGAGAACGUUGAUGGCCUUCAUCAGAAUCAGGAGGCACACCACGAGAACGUUGAUGGCCUUCGUCAGAAUCAGGAGGCACACCACGUGGUCGUUAAUUUUGAUGUUUGUCAGGAGCACAGUGGGGGUCAACAAAUUUAUUGUCAGGAGCACGGUGGGGGUCUUUCUUCAGAGGUCGAAUGUUUCGCGUCGGCUUCAGAGAUGGCAGAGGUGGAAGAAGCUGCCAGCCGUUUGAUGAGACAGAAAGACUACUCAAUGAUCUCGUUGGAAAAGUUUCUGUGCGAGAGCUGCGAGAACUUGGGUUCCGGUGUUGGUCAGUUCUCUUCAGUGUUUGCAGAAGAGGAAGAUGAGUCAGCGGAGGCAGCAGGCGAGGAUGCGGAGGCAGAGUUGGAACCGUCGGCUGAACAGGCAGAUUGGGAACCUACCGCCGAGGAGAAGAGACUUGUCAAGAAGUUGCAUGACAACCUUGGCCAUCCCGCUCCUCGAGAGAUGGCGCGAUCCCUCAGGUUGGCUACUGCCAAGCCACACAUCAUUCGCUAUGUGGCCCGUGAUUUUCGAUGUUCGGUGUGUGAAUCAAGGAUCAAGCCGAAGCCAGCCCGACCUGCUGUUUUGCCCAAGAUCUACGAGCCAGGCCGCAUUGUAGGUGUGGAUGUGAUUUUCUUGAGUGCGCUCAACCGGAGAGAAACCUUCCCCGCGCUGAACAUCACAGAUUGGGGAACGUCUUAUCAAGUUGUGGAGAGACUGAAGUCGACGGAGGCGACCCAUACCUGGCGUACCUUCAUGAGGGUUUGGUGUCGUACCUUUGGCGUCCCCGACGUGAUUGUUACCGACUUAGGCUCCGAGUUUCGAGGCCAAUUUGCAGACCUAGCCUCUCACGCUGGAGCGUUGGUUCGCCAUACGGCGGCCCGGUCGCCUUGGCAGGCUGGAAAAACAGAGCGUGCCGGUGCACAUUUCAAAUUGGUGUAUGAGAAAGCCCGCGAGAACACCUACAUCGGUUCUUGGGAGGAAGUCAAAACCCUUAUGUAUGCUGUGGAGUGCGCCAAAAACCGAUAUGGAAACAGGAGUGGGUUUUCUCCUAUGCAGCGACAGAUUGGCCACAACUUACGGCUGCCCGGAUCUUUGCGGUCGCACGACAGUCUGGACCCUGCGAUGGUGGUGGCCAGCGCCGAUGCUGAAAUGAAAAAGGCUCUGGAAAUCAGGGCGGCUGCUCAAGAGGCGUACAUCAAGUCGCAGACCGAGGUGGCUCUUUCUAAGGCCAAGAAUGCGAGGAGUCGAGUGCAAGUUCAGUUUUCAGCUGGGGAAACAGUUUAUGUUUAUCGUCAGCCCAAGAUGAGGAAGCGCAAGCAUGCAAUGACACCGGAGUCGUUGGAAAGCCGCAAGCCGGUCUGGGUUGGACCUGGAAUCGUGUUGGUCGUUGAGACCCCCAGCCUGUGGAUCUCCAUGAAGGGCGAACUUUGGAAGCUAAUUAGCUUUGAGCAGCGCAGACACGCUACGUCCGAGGAACAGAUUGCGAAGGAGAUCCUUGCAGGAGAGCUCGAGGCUCUCAAAGAGGAGCUGGGUAGAACCACCCACAAAAGGACCUUCCGGGACAUGACUGGUUUGGGAGCUCCCGGCGAUGAGGAUGAUGAUGCCCUCCAUCAAGAAGCCGAGAGAUAUGACAGUCUAGAUGGUGGAGGCAGUCUUCAACGACCCGCACAGCGACAGCGACGAGGUGAUGGACGCGAUGUGGCCAUCCCAGAGGACAGCGAGUUGGACUAUGAGCCUAGUGAAAAGGAACAGGAGGGUGAUCCAGUUCCCGAACAACCUCCACAUGCUCCCCAGCCUCAAAAUCUUCGUGAUGGAUCAGUGGACAUGAGCCGCAGAACCACUGAGUCCGAGCCCGAGCCAGUUCCGGUUCAAAACGAGGCUAUGGAGCACCGCCCGAUUUUGGGCGAUCCCGUUGAGACCGCGCAACAAGUUAUGAGGAACGAGAGGCUGGAUGGAAACCCGCCUGGAAGUGCCCCCUACGAGGCAGCGAGGCGCAUCAUGCAGCACCGACCAGAGGGAAGGCAUCACCCCUACUUUGCCGAGAAGGGCGACAAGUGGACCUGGGAGCCGGAUGUGUGGGAGGAGGUCAGCAAUGACAUCGUGAUCAGGCAACACAACUUUCCGAAGAAACAGUUGUGCAAUCCUGCAAAAGUCCGAGGGGCCUUGAUGCCUCGAAGACUUAAGUACCGCGCUACCUACAUGGUGGACGAGAACGGCGAGGUCCACGUCCAUGGCGACAACUGGUUUAAAAACCGAAAGAAGCCGUGCAAGACGAACUAUUCCUGGGUGGGUUUCACCGUGUUGAGUGCCAAGGAGAUCGAUGUCCAGGCCUUUGCGAGCGGCAAGAACCGUGGACAAGGAGAAGUAUUUGAACAUGAGAUUAAGGCGGAGGAAUGGCCUGGGUGGAGGAUCAGUGACAAACAAGAGUGGGACAAGGUUGCCCAGACCAAUGCGGUGAAAGUUUUGUCAGUGGAGGAAUCGCGGCGCAUCAGAGCUGACCCAGUGGAGAGUCAGCGAAUUCUCCCGUCGCGCAUGGUGCGUCGGUGGAAGCCCGCUGAACAACCUGGGGCACCCGAUGUUCAGAAAUCUCGCGCGCAUUCGUGGGGAUCGCGAUCCCGACAUUCUGACGUUGGAACGAUAUGCCCCGACCCUUAA